UUGAUGAGGAGACAGCACAGAAUCACUGUUGUAAUUAUUUCUCCCCUUUUCAGGUAUGUCUAACAUGUCCGAAAUUACUUUCUAACAUGUUUAGAGUUUUUUGACGAUGUAGUUGUAAUGUUUUGAGUAAGUUAAAGAUAUGUUUUGUGAAGAGUAACUUUGUUUUUAUUUAUGUAUUUAGCAUUAGUUUGAGAGAGAAUACUUGUUUCUGGGCACUUAAGAUAUAUUUUUGGUUUAAAGAGAGGAAAUUAAGGAAAGAAUUUAUUACAGUUAAUACUGUUUAUCUUUUCUGCUUUAAAGGAAAUAUGAGUAUUACCUACCUCUACCUCUUCCUAUGUUGAAACAAGCAUUGUGCAUGCAUAUUUUGUAAAGUGUUUAUUUGUCAAUGUGUUAAAGAUUCUACUAAAAGCUCUUGAUGAGGAAACAGCACAGAAUCACUGUUGUAAUUAUUUCUCCCCUUUUCAGGGGUGUGACACUCUUCAGUACCACCACUGCACUCUGCUGGACUAAACUUGAUACUGCACAUACUAAACCAACAAAUAUCCAUGUCCUGUAAUUUUGAGUAGUCUUUUUGAGGGUACUUUAGUCAGACACAAUCAACCCCAGCCAUUGGGCCACAAAAUAUUUCUUCAAAAUUCCUAGUUAAAUUACCUAAUUUUUGGUGCACUGUUGCAAAAAAUACACCGGAAUAUAGGAAAAAGCUUUUGAAGCAUGCUGGAAAGCAAAGUAUAACGACCUACCCACACACAAGCAUUGAAUCAGUAAGUACACAUCACAUUUCCUUCUUUACCUCAGGUCUCAUGUUUAGCAUUAUUUUUAAUGAACUAUAAAAUCUCUAGUGUUUACACGAUAACAUCUACAAGUGCACAAAUUUAGAUCAGGGAAAUCAAAAACUCCCUCAUAGGCUCUGGUUUUGGACUUGGUUUUCCAAAAGUUUGACUUUCAUGUCACAUGGGUGAUUGAGUCAACAGCUAGCCUAAAGAGUAAACAGGGUUAUAUAUUAAGGGGAGGGAGAAAGGCCACAGCAAGUUUAGGAAAAGUGCAGAUGAAGAGCAGAGAAGCGACAGGUGAAGUAGUCUUUAGCAGGUGAUCUUGCAGUCUGCUGAUCCAGGUAAGGUACAGUAUGUCUUUAAAUGUAUUAAAUUGUUGAAAAGCUGCAGUGUGUUUAACUUUGGUGUGAGAUUCAUCGCUUGUUGUUCUGUUAACAACAACUGUGUCAAAUGCUGUUUGUCAGUGAUCUGAGGAAGAGGAGACAAUGCUGGGCUGAAAAUGGAUCACAGUUUAAAAAAAAAACAAGCCCUGACCAAAAGUAAGGAUUGUUUGCAUUACAGAGACAAGACUCAUGAUAUUUCUCUGUCACAACUCAGCAGCUGAGAGAGCUGGAGGAGCGGGUGUGGUGACACACCGAAUCUGUAGCUCUUCCUGUGUAUACCAAUGGUGUCUGCAUCAGAUCAAACCAAAUCAAAUCAGCCCACCUUUGGACUUUUGAAAAAAUAAAAUAAAAUAAAUUCAAUCAGCAGUGUGAAUUGCUUUAACUGAUAUAAGCUUCUGUUACGGCUGUACCCCCGCAGUCUUAUUGAAAGCAGUUGUCAUUAACACUUCCAAACCUUUUAGUAAGUCCUGUUAGUUGAAAAUAUCAGUCCAGUGUUAAAAUUCCUGGUAAAACCAGAAAGAUCAAUGCAAAUUAGCAGACUAAAGGAGGUGACAUAUGGUAACACUGUGAUGUGUUUAAGGACAGCUGAGUAAAUGAUUACUUGGGGAAUGUAAAUAAAAUCUUAUUAUGAUGUGUUUGAAUGUUAUUCAGAAAAUGAAAAUUCAGUUUUUAGCAAGAAAAACUAAUAAAUACAGUUGUUGAAAGGAGAAAUAGAUUGUAUGUUUUUUUCCCUCAAUUAAUAUAAAAUGGAUUAAUUCUGGUAAAAACAUAUCGUUGUCACAUCUUACCACCAAAUUAUAGAAAAGCAGUCCUAUCAAUACUAUCCAUACAUACUAAGAUCCUAAGGAGUGUUAUGUUAACCCUCUGAGCCUGAUGUUGUAUAUGACAAGAAGAGAUCUGUUAUUUUAAGUUAAAUAACUUUUGAACCAUAAAUUGUAGCCACUUUCUCCCCCUCUGGAAGCCCUCCAUUUUCGGGGCAUUUAAAAAUUAAAUCCACACAGGUAACUCUGACAUUGAACAUCUUUUUAUCCGUUUUUUGAUCUGUUUUUCAAUCAUUAGCCUUAGCUGCUGGCUUUAGCAUUAGCCACCAUAAUCAAUGGCAGGUUGUCACGUCAUGAUUUGCAAAAGUGCAUGCUCCAACACUCUGAAACUAGAUGAGUCAGCCUGAGAUUAUGAUAGCAAGAUGGGGAGACGGAGAGCCUGUGAUGUGUCCCUCUGUGUCACUGCAGUCAGAAACUGCUUUAAAUUAUGGCUCAAAGGACGCCAAACCUAAAAACACAAGGACUGUUUUUUGUAAAUAUGUGUAUAUUCUUGAGACUUUUGACGCAAAAUUAAGUCCCAAAGAAAUUGGACAACUAGUUUUGUGCAGAAAAGUCUUAGUCAUUGUUGUGUACUGUCAUAUAUAAAAUCUCUUUUGUUUAAAUUUCUGCUUUGUUUUUCCUUCUGUCGUUAUAGUCCCAUAACUUUUAAAAUUCAAGUGACAUUGCUGCACCAUAUAUGUUCUAAAAGCUCAGGUUGUCCUGGGAAAGAAAACAGGAUUUUUUAAGCUUGGUGUGCACCACACACGCAGGGUUGAUGAACUAAAAUGUCCAGAUGAAAAUAGCAAAGGUUUCACAGGGUUUUAGGGACAGUAUCAAAACUGGGUGAUCUCCAUCCCAGAAUGAAUCAUUCAAAGUAUGUCAGUAAUAUCAUUUUUAUAUCGCAGUCCUCCAUUUUACAUUUGAAUUAAUUUUAGAUUUGGCAGAUUAAGUUAUUGUAAAGAGAGGAAAUGUUCUGACUAAAAUGUAGACAAAUUUCUUUUUAUUUAUUAAAACUGGACUAAAAUGUUGUUGACUGAAAGAUUACCAACACUAUAAAGGGUUAAAAAGAUGAAAAUGUGACAGAGAUUUUUUUUGUCUGAAGACCAAACAAAGAUGAUAGCCAGGAGCUACAGACUGCCAAACUGUUUAGAAUAAGACAGUAAGUUAAUAGAGUAACUUGCUGAUCCUGUUUUUUUUCAGUUUUCUUUCUUUUAUUCCUUUAUUUGUUUUUUUUUUUGUUUUUUUUUUAGGAAAAGAUGGCUGCACCUCGACCAGAGCUGUUUGACUUCCAUGGGGUCUUCAUGACCCACUAUUACACAGACAACUGGGAGGACGUUCAAAAUUUCCAGGCCAGGCCAGAUGACAUUCUUAUAGCAUCUUACCCCAAAGCUGGAACAACGUGGGUCUCCUACAUCCUGGACCUGCUGUAUUUUGGUCAAACAGCCCCGGAGCGUCAGAUAUCCAUCCCAAUCUAUGAAAGAGUGCCUUUCCUGGAGAUUUCCAGAGUGGCUUCAAAAAAAGGAAAAGACUUGGCGGACAGGCUCACAACCACUCCUCGACUUAUCAAGACUCAUUUUCCUUUCCAGUUUGUGCCAAAGUCUUUCUGGGAGCAGAACUGUCGGAUAAUCUAUGUGGCCCGCAACGCCAAAGACAACAUGGUCUCUUAUUUUCACUUUGACCGUAUGAACCAAGGUCAGCCAGAGCCUGGAGACUGGAACAGCUACUUCCACAGAUUCAUGGAGGGAAAGAUAUUGUAUGGAUCCUGGUAUGACCAUGUGAACGGAUGGUGGGGGAAGAAGCAGACUCAUUCAAAACUCCAUUACAUGUUCUAUGAAGAUCUAUCUGAGGAUACUGGACGGGAAAUAGAUAAACUGUGCAGCUUUCUUGGUUUGUCUCUGUCUGCUGAGGAGAAGAAGAGAAUAGCAGGGAAAGUUCAGUUUGAUAAUGUGAAGAAGAACAGCAUGGUCAACUACUCUACACUCAGUAUAAUGGAUGCCAAAAUUUCCCCCUUCAUGAGGAAAGGAAAGGUUGGAGACUGGAAGAACCAUUUCACUGUGGCCCAGAAUGAAGAGUUUGAUGAAGACUACAAGACCAAGAUGAAGGACUCUACUCUGCAGUUCCGCACUGAAAUAUGAACAGGACUCAACAGGCUGUAUAGAAGUGGAAAACUGCCCAUAACUGAAUGGACAUGAGUCGUUUCUGUUCAGAAUGUUAAAAUUGAUAGCAGAAGGACAGAGUUUACAUCCACGCUAAUGUUAGUCAGAGGAAAUCUUAUUCUGUCUUCUCGAGCUAUUGGACUGUUGUCUCACUUGGAUAGAGCUUUUGUCAUCAUGUUCAGGCUAAACAAUGUAUUAAACAGUUGAGAGCCCUAAUCUUUUCUUUAAAUUUGCUGCAACACUGCUUUCAAAUUAGCGGUCAUGAUCCUUGACAUUGAGAAAACUGCAGCCUGUUGCACUGUUAAAGUACUGUCUUAACCCAUAUGUGCCAACCUUUACUGUAUAUUAUAAACUAUGCUCCACUCCCUGUGCCUUUUCUUAUGUACCUGUGUCUAUUUACAUUUUUUCUUUGUUUACUCUCCACGUCAUUGUAAAUGAGAGCACACUGUCAUUGGCACCUGGAGAUUAAAUAAAGGUUGA